AUGGCCAUACCAGGUCUCAUCCUGACCGACACAGAAUGGGAAACAUGUGUGGAUCGUCGUAGGAAACGUCAAGCUGCUCGUUUGGCACACGUGCAGAACUUCUUCACUCAGAAAGCAGUGGAAACCCAGAAGGGAUGUAUUUCCAACACAGAUGAAAGUACCACAUCCAUCCCAAGGCUGAAUAUACCAAGUAGAACCGACUUGCCGGUUGCCGUGGGCACGCCACCAAUACUAAUGUACCACCAGAUCCCUUUGCUUUCCCUGGAUUGGGGCAAUACCACAACAACACCCCCCCAAUCAAACCCUCCAGAUGCCUACAGUGAAACAAGCCAUCAGGCAGAAGAUCACCUUGCCAUAUCAGCUUCUAAGGCCUGGGAAGCUUUUCUUAAUGGCACUGAUACGCAGGACCAAGUAUGUGUCCGUCCAGAGUCAGAAGUUGUAGCUUUAAGGGCCAAAGUCGUAGUCCCGACGGAGGACACGGGAGCUGAGAAAGACCCCAGUCAAGAGUCUGCUGACAGGAAAGCAACGGAAACUGUAAAAUCUGAUCCUGUAGAGCAAUCAAAGGAUCUGAGCAUAAGUCCUUCUAGAGAUCAGGUUGUGGAUUACCAACUAGUGAAAGAGCCUAGGGUCACUACCCUACCAUGUUCUGCCCAGGGAUCGGAGCCAGAGAGGGUGGUAAGUGAGUUAGAGGCAUCUCGUGACCGCCAAGCCCCACAUCAUGAGCACACAAGCGGAUCUUUGAGUCAAGACACGACCAAAGCAAGCCCAGGGGGCGAAACUCGAACCACACAUGACACUGAGACUCAGAAUUCAGAAGCCGGAGAUGGAAUCGCACCUGAAGAAUGCAUGGGCAGCUUCGACACCUCAAAGGUUAAAGAAAACACACACAGAGCGGUCAAAGACACCCUGACAUUUAUGGAGAUCAGGGAUGUGCCGCUCACAAAUAGACAGGCCGAGGGAUCUUCUUCAGAAAGGAAGGAUAUAAAUAAAGAAGCCAGCGAGGAGCAGGUGGAAAUGAGGGCGUUUUGUAGAGAACUACAUGAAGAGGACACGGAAAGCAGUAGAGAAGGACAAGAUGAGACAACUACGGAUCACAGCGCAGAAAUACAGAGCGUUUCAUCGUGCGAGAGGGAAGCAUUUAAUGAGAACGAAUUAUGCACGUCGAACAAGAUUUUUAACAAAGACGGUUCAGAGCUAUUGAAAAACAAAGAGAGGCGUUUUGAGGCAAACGAAGGACUUAAAAUGAGGGAGAGACUGAAUGAGAUGACUAUAGAACCUGCUAGUGCUGAAGAGCUUGUACAGGACUCCCAAGCAGUGGAUGACAAUUGCACAGAUGGAGAAGAGAAAGAGUUUGAGAGUCAUGCUACCAAAUUUGUACCCACCUUACCUACCUAUCCAACAGUUAGCAUUUACCCAUCCAGGCACCUCCUUCAGACAACAUCUGCAAAGGAAAGAGAGGUCACUUUUGCAGAGGAAGACUUUGAGCUUGGGAAGACCCUCAAAAACUUUCAAAAACCCCAGCGACUCGAUGAAGAGGAUGAGCUCUCCACGCCGUUACCCAGCAUUCACCUGUCUUGGGUGGAAGGCAACAGCAGUAGGCUGUUAUCAUGGUGGAGGGAGUUCUGCUCGCUGGGUCACAUGGCCAAGGCUCUUGUGUAUGCUAUUCUGUUUGUGAUCUUCAUAAUGGCGUAUCUCUACGACCUACCGACCUGCAUGGCCCUCUAUCUGUUUUCUCUGUGCUGGUGGUGCGGCCAGGGCAUGAAGCAGCGUCUGGACGGGGCUGUCAAUGUGGACUGAGACCAGACAGGAAGUUCUUGAAAGUUUCUGAGGCAGUUCUUGUCAAAUUGUGUGACUCUGAAAUGAAAAGUGACACAAAGUGAUUCUACGGGCCCAAAAUCAUUUGACAAAAUGAGAUUUAGGUGGCAUUUUUGUUUCUUUCUUUCUCCUCACUUGUGUUCCCAUUAAAAGUCCCACUUGAAACAGGAGUCUUUUAAUAUAAUCCUAAAUUCAAACUGCUAGAAUAGUGGAAAUGUGCUAAUCCAUAUUUUGUGAUAUAAUUAAAUGACAGAAACCCUCUUGUAAUGUCAAAGGAAACAACUGUUUUCACAGAUAUAUCUCAAUGAAAUACAGUGCCAGUCAAAAGUAUACAGUAGAUACUAAAUCUUUUCAUUUUUGAGCUUUUACUUCUACCUUUUUACAAGUUUUUAAAUUAGUCUUUUUUGCCUUGUUUUCCAGUAAAAAAAAUAAGUCCUUAAAAGAUAAAACUACUACACAA